AUGUCUGCCUUUGAUAAUCUUUUAUGGUUGAAUGUUCUGCUCCAUAUUCUGUCAGAACUUAACCGCAAAACUGUUGGUAUGGCUUUAGAAUUAACCGACCAUUUUCCGAGUCAACUGUGGGACGAGUUCGAACUAGAAGACGCGACGUAUGCGGAGUGUAGCACAAACAACGCUCAGAACAGCUUUCAAGUAAUAACACCGAGCCGGUGCCUAGUAUUGUGUGCAGCCAGUCGUAGCGUCAUGGAGUCUUGGGCCAGUGCGUUGCGAGGAGCUUUACAUCGUGGUGCAGAAGUCGCGGACCUGGUCGCCAGUCUAUCAUCAGGAGAUCAUCACUGGUACGCGGCUACACACGCGAGGCCCACAUUCUGUAACGUAUGCCGUGAGCCACUCGGUGCUCUGGGAACAGCUCAUGCCCUCGCCUGUGAACUGUGCAAAUUCAAGGCCCACAAGAGAUGUGCAGCGCGGGCACCGCCUUCCUGCAAGUGGAGCACGCUGGCCUCGCUCGGACCACACCUAGUUGAGGAUGCUGACGGAAACAUUAUAAUGCCUCAUCAAUGGCUGGAAGGCAAUCUACCGGUCGCCGCAAAAUGUGACACAUGUGAAAAGACUUGCGGUUCUGUGCUCAGACUACAAGACUUCCGCUGCAUCUGGUGUCGCAAAUGUGUCCACGCGAGCUGCAGACCUAGCUGGCGAGCUCCUUGCUCCUUAGGACCUGCCCGUGCCUCUGUCGUACCACCGACACGUCUACACUCUGUGGGGCCCGACGAUGGUUGGCUGCCAGAUAGACCGCCUAACGCCUCGCCGCUCAUUGUAUUCGUUAACUCUAGAUCUGGUGACAAUCAAGGGGUGAAAUUCCUCCGUCGUUUCAAGCAGCUGUUGAACCCAGCCCAGGUAUUUGAGCUGAGUGGAGCCGGUCCACGGUUGGGUCUACGUUUGUUCAGACACUUCGCGCCUUUGAGGGUGUUGGUGUGUAGCGGAGAUGGUUCUGUAGGGUGGGUGCUGCAAGAAGUGGACAAACUUGACAUGCAUCGUCAGGUUCAGACGGCUGUACUGCCGUUGGGUACUGGUAACGACCUGGCGCGUGUGUUAGGUUGGGGCGCCUCCUGUGAUGAUGCAGCCAACCUUCAACAGCUGCUCGAGAGAUACGAACGAGCUUCAACCAAGAUGCUUGACCGAUGGUCUAUAAUGACGUUUGAACGCGCCCUCUCAGCCCCCCCACCACCGCCGGCGCCACCAGAUCUGUUAGAAGAAGGACCUCUACUGAAAAAUCUACAAGAAAUCGUACAGGCUGGUGAGUGUGGUGAGAGUGAGUGUAGUACAGCCCGCGCGUCUCUCAGAGCGGGCUGCGCUAGCCUGGCGGCGGCGGGGGAGCGGGCGGGGGGAGGGGCGGCUCGAGCAGCACACAGACUGAGGAGGGCGCUAUCCUUACUGCUGCAUGCGAGGACACACCUGGCUCACGAUCAUGCGAGAUGCGACACGUGGGAACCGAUGGACGGGAGUGACAGCGAGCCUGAAGCAGCUGAGAAGGGCAUUAUAGAGAAGACUGAAAAGGAACAGCUGAACUGGGCAGCUAGGGGCUGUGCGUUGGCAGGACGAGCUGACAGCGUGCGACGAGCCUUGAGGUCACUACUACGAACCCUGGCACAGUUACAACCACCACAGGCGUCAAGUACGUCAGAGGGCGCUCUACCGGUGCCUCGCGCCUUCGCUGAUAGUCGCCGUUCAUCUGCCGCUUCUGCUGUCUCCGCCGCCUCAAUGCAGCCUGAAAACAUUCCAGACGUAGAUGAAGACAUAGCUAAGUUAAUAAGUUCAAAUCCACCAGAUGUAGACAGCUUGGAUAUAAACAAACGAGAGCGGAGUAAGACCAGCUCGAUCUCACCCUCCCUGCUCUCGUCGUGUGACAACAGCUCGUGCAAGAACCUGUUGAGACCGGACGUGGAGCGUACUAGCGGAACAUACAACAGCAGCAGCCUGACUAUACCUAAUUUAGUCAUCUCCGACGAUAGUGACAGAAGAGACUCGUUGAUACAAGGAGAAACAUAUGAAUCGGACCAACUGACCAUUAUAGACAUCGACAAACCUUACACGGAUGACGUACACUUUGAUGAUAUAAACGAGCGGUUGACGCCCGUCAGUGGGGAAUGUACACCGGAUAGAAAACUAUCCUGCGGUGAUCUGGAUGUAGAUGGAACGACGUCAGAAGGAUCCAACAUCAGUGAUGAUUUCAGCUUGAUAUCUGAAAUAAUAGAUACAAAGCCGGAGGACAUCGAGGAGGGGACGGGAAUAGGACAUAUAGACUCACCAGAAGCGUCUGAAACAUACAUGAACUCUGAGACUAUUCACGGAGAGUCGAUUAUGGAUGAUAUUAGUUCGAUGUUAGGACAAGAAGUUCUGUUAGCGAUGAUGGGAAAGAAUGGCGAAAACGAAACAUACACUGACGAUACGACGCUGUUCACCUCAGACACGGUGUCCGAUAUACCAAUGGACAGCAGGAAUCCUAGCCUCGAAAAACACAAAGAGGGGAAAAUGAAAUACAUAUCCAAAAUAAAAAAGCCGAUUGAUAGUGAUGUGGAAAAGUUUGGUUACGAAAACAGAGUGUUUUACAUCGAGAACGCAGCUAAAGCAGAGGAACAAGUGAAGUAUUGCAGUUUGGCACACUUCGAAGAAGGUAGUGAUAUCGCGAGGAAAUCCUUUCGAAAACAACUACGGAAAAGUGUGAAAAAGAGGGUCGCCGAUGAACCUAGUUUAAAACAUCUCUUAACUAAGACAGCAGAGGAAGAUUCGAAGCAGGGUGGAAUCGCUAAAGAAGAUAAGAAACCUGAGAUAAGACAACAAGUUCCAGCUUUUCCUCAAGUCAGUGUAGUAGUGGAACCGCCUUCACCGUCUCACAGCGAAGACAGGAGUUUGAAGACUUGUCAGAGUCGAAUGGCGUCAGUUCUUAGUGACAUUUUUGAAGGAACCGAUACACUGAGUGUCCAUUCCCCAGAACCAACUAUUCGGGAGAGAGAAAGACGUCAAUCGGAUAAUCCAAAACUGCUGGCAGAUCCUGAAUACGGCCAGUUUUUAAGCUGUUCUCCUGCUGCCACGAGACGAAUAUCAUGCGGGAGCCUCUUCAAGCCCGGUGAACCCGAUAACAGGUUAUCAACAUCAGUGUCAUCGAUUUGGGGGGAGAGUGGGGCCGGAGGUGGCGGAGGAAGUAUUACCAAAUCGGAAUCCAGUGACCGUGCUAAAAAAUUACCGAUCAUCAAUCCUUUAGUACAGUUACCUGCCUGGCCGCAUGUGACACAAGGAUUUAUAAGUCAGUGUCUGUUAGCUAACGCGGACGCUCUCUGUGCGGCGGUCAGCCCCUUAAUGGACCCGGAUGAGACGGUUUUAGAAGGUUUCUAUGAGAGAGCCGUUAUGAACAACUACUUCGGUAUUGGUAUAGAUGCGAAAAUUACUCUCGACUUCCACAACAAAAGGGAAGAACACCCAGAGAAAUGUAGAUCCAGAGCCAGGAACUAUAUGUGGUACGGCGUGCUCGGGUCGAAGGAGUGGGUUAACAGAACUUACAGACAUCUAGGUCAACGUGUUCAACUGGAAUGUGACGGCCAGAGAAUCCCACUUCCGGAACUGCAGGGUAUAGUUGUGCUGAAUAUACCUUCUUUUAUGGGAGGAACAAACUUUUGGGGUGGCACAAGGGGAGAUGAUUUGUUCCUAGCUCCGUCGUUCGAUGAUAGAAUUCUUGAAGUAGUUGCUGUGUUCGGAUCUGCUCAGAUGGCAGCGUCUCGUCUCAUCAAUCUUCAGAAGCACCGCAUUGCUCAGUGCCGCGCGGUCCAGAUCAACAUCCUCGGAGACGAGGGCGUGCCUGUACAGGUGGACGGAGAGGCCUGGCUCCAACCGCCUGGCUGUGUGCGCAUCAUACAUAGAAACAGAGCCCAGAUGCUGUGUCGAUCACGGGCACUUGAGACGAGUCUCAGUUUCUUUGACAGAACUUGGGAUGAGAAGCAACAGCAGAAAGUAUCCACGCUGGGCCCGACGAAAGCAUUGUCACCGGCAGAGGCCGCUCACCUACUGGUGUUACUGGAUGACAUCAACACUAUCGUUAAACAUGUGAAGCUGUCCUGUAUAAGUAACGAGGGUGCGGGCGCGUCGCUGUCAGUCGCGCGGCGCGUGUCGUCACAGGCGGACGCGCUACAAGACGCCGACGGACACUUACUGCCCGCGCCGCAACUCAGGCGCAUGCUCGCUACUCUGGUGGAGAGUUGUCAUGAGUUACUAGAGGGCGCGCCUACAGGAGCAGCGGCCGGGGCACUGAGGACGCACCUCACGAGAUGCUCCGUGAGGGAUGGACUGGCAUACAUUAAUACGGAAGAGGCUCCAAAGAAAGGCAGUAGAUGGCUGCGAGGGAGACGCAGCGUGUCUGAGGGCGGGGCCUCGUCCGGUCAGACUCAGGUCCGGGCCUGGGGCAUCAAGGAGGUCCAGGUGUGGCUGGAGUCUCUCGAGCUCGGCGAGUACUGCGAGGCCUUCGCCAAGCAUGACGUCACAGGACGCGAGCUGCUAUCACUGGCGAGGCGGGACCUGCGGGACCUCGGCGUCACCAAGGUCGGCCACGUCAAGAGGAUCCUGCAGGCCGUGAAGGAGCUGCAGUGA